UAAAGCUGUACGCACGUGAUAUACGUCCCCUACCUACAGAGCAGUACACACACGAACACUCACUGAGCAGAAAAGUUACAGACAAUUCUACCAACUACAGGAGCCGAGUAAAUAGUAUAGCAAAAGUUCCAAUUUGGGGAGUUAUUCCAAUGUGAGCUAUUCCUAUGUAAAGAGAGUCUGAUUAAUGAUAUCCGCUGGUGUAGAGGCCUGCUCUCAGUGUACGGAGCUCUGUAGUCCCGACAAAGUGUUGCUCUGUGAUAGAACGAAUAGAGGAUUAUAAAUGACCAGAAAUGAGUCAGAACUCCGAUAGUCUGUCGGACCGUGUGGACCAAGGGAAACCUCAUGGCGGAAUAUUAUAGUUGGAUAAUGUUGUGUAGGAUAAUAUACUGGUAAAGUGCCUCUACAAUGCAUCAGAGAUGAGUUUUAGCACGGUCUUGUACCGGAUCUGACGUCACACUUCGUCCCGCUGAAGACCGUGGGCGUGUCCUCUGCCUCACCGGAUGUUGGAGGGAGGGCCAUGUUUUUGCCAUGUGUGUUGGUGUUCAGUAUGCUGUUCACUGCCUGUCUAGCGAUAUCAUCGGAAAUCGUCCUGGAUCACACCAACUGUCUGCUGAGGCAGACUUACAAGGUGGACAAGAUGGGCGUUCUGGCCACGUGGAGAGGGGCACGUCUCGAAAACUGUCUCAUCAAAUUAGCACGUGACACGACCAAGAGCGAGGCUAUAUGUGUAGAUGUGAUGACCUUGAACAUCAGUAAAGGUCAAUGCCCGCCUGAUAUACAAAUGUUCUCCGGAAAUUCCGGAACACCUUUCCAGGUGUCGAACUGUGAUACAAGUCCCGUGAGGAAAUGUAUGACGUCAGAGUUUGCCUCACUCAAACUGGAAGCCAAUGAGUCAUCGUCAAUCCUGGCAGUCCGUAUAUCCACGGACACUGACUACCAGUCUGUCCAGCCGACCCAAACUCCAGAUCCCACAGUGACAAGCGGGCUUCCUCUUAGUGCCAUCAUCGGAAUCAUGAUUGGAGUAUUCAUUCCAGUAAUCAUCGUCGUCAUCGUCGUUGCUGUUAUUUGUAUAAGACGAACAAACAAACCAUUGGAUGAUGAUGGUAUUGUUUACCAUCCUCCCAAAAUACAAGAACCUGCCUCUGAACUCACGAACGGUUCUACUGAUAUUGAUCCUUCCCUCCUACUUCACAGCCCGCCGACGAUCACUGAUGACGACGAUAUCAGCCAGGAAAUCUCACAGUCUAUGCGUCUAUCCGCCAUUGUAUGACCUUCACCUUAUUAGUGUUACAUGCAUUGACCUUGACCUUUGUUCUUAUGGACGCUGCGACAUUUUGGUGAUUGCCUUCAUUUGUGUUCAGACAAAAUUGUCUGUAGUGACCUGCAUUUAUUGUGCUGAUCGGAAACGUUUGCAAAACAUUUACGUCGUUUUCAGAAUGGGAGAUUAUUUUGGAAUAGAGCAGCAUUCACAUUAAAUAAUCUCUAGAUUGAGAAGUCUUUUUCGAGGGACUUUAUCCUCAGCUGAUUAGAGAAUACAAACACAUGCUAUACCAUCUGUGGUUUCUUCGAUGUGCUGUUUGGAGUUUAUGACGUAACAACAUCAUAGAAAGUACCAUUAUAACCGGAAGUUUACGAAAACUUUUCCCUCACACUAAAGGGAUAAGAUGUGACCGAACAUGGGAACCGGAUAUCGUGUGGUGUUGAAUAUAUUAGGAUUAAAUAAUUGAUGCAAUGUACAACGUUUAUUAUGAACAAUAUUUAUUGAGAAAUCACGGGAGCAUGCUGAUUCUUGGAUCAGAUGACUGCCAUAUCAAUCAGUGCCUUGAUUUCCUCGAGUAGACAUCAUUUUUAUGUGAAUUCGUGUCUUAUAUCUAAAACAUGACCAUGAGGAGAAACGCCAUAAUAUAAUGACCAUUGGGUAGGGACCUGUUUAUCGUCUUACAUGUGGAUGUGUGUGUACCAUUUGUAGUUUAAAUGUCCAUUGUCCAACUCAGUUGGGACUUAGUUAAGUAUAGCUAAUAGUUCGUCUUGUAGACAUAGGCACUUUCACAACUUGUUCGUAACUACCGGAAUCAGCCGCGAUCAGCCGAUUUGGUUAUCAUGAACAAAAUGCUCUGUCAUGGCCAAUUAACUGUUAAAGGUGUGUCUUUUCCAUCGCAACAUCAUCAUCACGAGUCACUGUCUCCAUUUGUUUUCAUUUUAUGAUUUGAUCUUAAAUAGAACCAAAGUGAAACUCCAUCUCUCAUGUAUUAGCUCAGGAACUGAGAUUAUCGCCAUCACUGAGUGUCGUACAGUACCACAUCACAUAACGUCACACUGUGUAGUCUUGUGUUCAGCCAUGAGUGUCGUACCACAUCACAUAACGUCACACUGUGUAGUCUUGUGUUCAGCCAUGAGUGUCGUACCACAUCACAUAACGUCACGCUGUGUAGUCUUGUGUUCAGCCAUGAGUGUCGUACCACAUCACAUAACGUCACACUGUGUAGUCUUGUGUUCAGCCAUGAGUGUCGUACCACAUCACAUAACGUCACACUGUGUAGUCUUGUGUUCAGCCAUGAGUGUCGUACCACAUCACAUAACGUCACGCUGUGUAGUCUUGUGUUCAGCCAGAUUGCACCAAAAACAGUGCUAUACAUAUUAUUCUUCAUAGUGUAAGGUGGCGAAUUAACUCUGAAAUGAAUGAGAGAUGUCAAAUUACCUGUAUGAGUCAUAUCACCGGUUUGAAUGAAUGAUAAAACGGCGUAUUAAACAUACAUGUAUGUAAGGUCGAUUUUUUUAGCUUUUUUUCUCUCAAUAUUUUAAAAAGUAAUUCAGUCAAAGCAUAUGUUGAUUUCAACGUCAUUAUUUAGACACAACAAAACCGCGGCUCGCGGGCUUAAUAAUAUCAAUAGACGCUAUUACAGUAUAUUCAUAAUUUCAUAUCAAGUUAAUAUCUACUACAUUAUGUCAUCCGAUAUUUAUAUUGUAUAGAGAAUUAGGACAUCUCAAAAUUGUGUCUGACAACAGAGAAAUAGCAUUUAAUUCCGGGAAUGUGUGUUAGGUGCAUCAUUAGUUAGCACGUGUUAAUUACAGGGACGGGUAUCAGAUCCCUGAUUAAUUAACACGUGUUAAUUACAGGGACGUGUAUCAGAUCCCUGAUUAAUUAGCACGUGCUAAUUACAGGGACGUGUAUCAGAUCCCUGAUUAAUUAGCACGUGUUAAUUACAGGGACGUGUAUCAGAUCCCUGAUUAAUUAGUACGUGUUGAUUACAGGGACGUGUAUCAGAUCCCUGAUUGAUUAGCACGUGUUAAUUACAGGGACGUGUAUCAGAUCCCUGAUUAAUUAGUACGUGUUAAUUACAUGGACGUGUAUCAGAUCCCUGAUUAAUUAGUACGUGUUAAUAACCGGGACGUGUAUUAGGUUCCCUGAUUAAUUAGCACGUGUUAAUUACCGGGACGUUUAUUAGGUCCCCGGUUAAUUAGCACGUGUUAAUUACAGGGACGUGUAUCAGAUCCCUGAUUAAUUAGCAGGUAUGAGUUACAGGGACGUGUAUCAUAAUCGUGAUUAGCUAGCACGUGUUAAUUACCGGGACGUGUAUCAGAUCCCUUACUAAUUAGCACCUAUGAGCGACAGGGACAUGACAGGUCCCUGAUUAAUUAGUACGUGUUAAUUACGUGGACGUGUAUCAGGUCUCUGACUAAUUAGCACGUUUGAUUCAGAUUAAAUUAUCGUGGGUUAAUGAGGUAUGUGUUGUGUGUUCCUUUCUAAUUAGCAUGUGUUAAUUACAAGGACUUGUACACGAUCGCUGGUAAAAAGCAGUCUAACAAUAAUCUACAUUAAUUUUCUUAGUACUUGGUCACAAUGUCAGAUCGAUAUCUAGGUCACGUGUACAGAACGAAAAUAGUAAUUACAAUGUAACUUGUAAAUAUUGUUAAUGUAUUUGUACGGACUCGUAUGACUUAUUGUGUUCACAUAAAAUGAAUGAUUUCAUAAAG